AUGGAGGUGGCGAUCAGCAAGGUUUAUCCUGGCACUGUCCACCGGUGGUGCAAGUGGAAUGUCCUGAAGAAGGCAAAGGAAAUCUUUGGUCUGCUUUACACAAAGAAGAGUAAUUUUCAGGCUGAAUUUCACAAGGUUGUGAACCACAUGUUAACUGAGGAAGAAUUUGAAGCAGCUUGGGGCACUCAACAUAGUGAGAGCGCAAACCACAUGCUGAAGACGUACAUGCCCCCUGCAAGCCCAAUGCUUGUUUUUGGGGAGUACAUGAGGUUAAAGUUUGACUGUGAGCGUGAUGAGAGCUACAAGGAGAAGAGGACCAUGAUUGUACGUGACGUUGUACUUCAAAGCCAUGGAAGUCGUUCAGAUGGGGGACGCAAGUGCCGCAUGUUAUGA